AUGAGUUCACCAAAGAGAAGAAUCGAGAAGGAUGUGAUGGAAUUAAUGAUGAGUGAUCAUGACGUUACAUUAAUUGAUGAUUCAAUACAACAAUUUUUUGUUAUUUUCAAAGGUCCAAAAGAAACUCCUUAUGAAGGUGGGAUGUGGAAAAUAAGAGUCGAAUUACCAGAUCAAUACCCCAUUAAAUCACCAUCUAUAGGAUUCACAAAUAAAAUAUAUCAUCCAAAUAUUGAUGAAGGUUCAGGAGCUGUAUGUUUAGAUGUAAUAAAUCAAACUUGGUCACCAAUGUUUGGAUUAUUGAAUAUUUUCGAGAAUUUCUUACCUCAUUUAUUAAGGUAUGCUAAUCCAAGUGAUCCUUUAAAUACUGAAGCUUCAAAUUUAAUGACUAAAGAUGAAUCAAAAUAUAAUGAAACUGUUAAAAAGUAUGUUCAACAAUAUGCUACUGAUUUACCUGCACUCAAUAGAGAUGAUGAACUGGAUUUGGAAGUUGAUGAAGAUAAUGAAUUAAGUGAUGUUGGUAGUUUAUCUAGUGAUGAUGACAUGGAAGAUGAAGAAGUUGCUGGUGAUUUAGAUAUUUAA